AUGGCGUUAGCUCUCUCCGUUACACCAACAUCUUCUUCUUCGUCUUCCUCCUCACGCGCCCUCCCUCGAAACCCUACUCCUAAUUUCAGAACCACCCAUCUGAAUUUCGCUUCCCCGAGGAGGAUUCACGCCAUUAACCCUCUCCUUAGAUCAUUCCAAUCUCUUCAAUCAUCUCCAUUCUCAAUCUCAGCUAUCGCCUCUUCCUCUUCCUCACAAACCACAGAGCUCGUGCCUCAUAAGCUCCAGAGAUUAGUCAAAGAAUUCAAAUCCUUGACUGAGCCAAUCGAUCGGCUCAAAUGGGUUCUUCGUCACGCGAGUCUCAUUCCUCCGAUGCCCGACUCAUCCAAAACCGAAUCGAACCGGGUCAUGGGCUGUACAGCUCGUGUCUGGCUAGACGCUGAGCUCGGUCAAGACGGGAAGAUGCGGUUUUGGGCAGAUAGUGACUCAGAUGUGUCGAAAGGGAUGUGUUCUUGUCUGAUUCAACUGUUUGAUUCUGCUACUCCUGAAGAAGUAAUGGAUUUGAAGACUGAGGAUUUGGUUGAGCUUAACGUUGGAUUGUUGGGUGUUGAGAGGUCGAGGGUGAACACGUGGCACAAUGUUCUUGUGAGUAUGCAGAAGAAGACACGACGGCUCGUAGCGGAGAAGGAAGGAAAGUCUCCUUCCUUUGAGCCGUUUCCUUCGUUAGUGUUAACUUGUGAUGGUAUUGAGGCUAAAGGAAGCUUUGCUGAAGCUCAGGCGAAAUAUUUGUUUCCGGAGGAGUCACGAGUUCAAGAACUUGUCAAGGUGCUAAAGGAAAAGAAGAUUGGAGUGUCUGCUCACUUUUAUAUGGAUCCAGAAGUGCAAGGGGUCUUGACUGCUGCGCAGAAGCAUUGGCCACAUAUCUAUAUAUCUGAUUCUCUUAUCAUGGCAGAUGCAGCUGUCAAGAUGGCAAAAGCUGGGUGUCAGUUUAUAACAGUUCUUGGUGUUGAUUUUAUGUCUGAAAAUGUCCGUGCCAUACUAGAUCAAGCUGGGUUUGGAGAGGUUGGUGUAUACAGAAUGUCUGAUGAGACCAUUGGUUGUUCACUGGCUGAUGCUGCUUCUGCUCCUGCUUACUUGAACUAUCUUGAAGCUGCUUCUCUUUCUUCGCCUUCUUUGCAUGUUGUUUAUAUCAAUACAUCUCUGGAGACAAAAGCUUUUGCUCACGAACUUGUACCUACCAUUACUUGCACUUCAUCUAAUGUUGUACAGACGAUCCUGCAGGCGUUUGCUCAAUUGCCGGAGUUAAAUGUAUGGUACGGUCCUGAUUCUUACAUGGGAGCGAAUAUUGUAAAGUUAUUCCAACAAAUGACAUUGAUGACUGAUGAAGAAAUCGCCAAUAUACACCCUAAACACAACCUUGAUUCCAUUAAAUCAUUGCUUCCUCGUCUUCACUAUUUCCAGGAAGGAACGUGUAUUGUACAUCAUCUUUUCGGUCACGAGGUGGUGGAGAGAAUAAAGUACAUGUACUGUGACGCCUUUCUUACUGCGCAUCUCGAAGUUCCAGGUGAAAUGUUUUCAUUAGCCAUGGAAGCAAAGAAAAGAGAUAUGGGCGUUGUCGGAUCGACACAAAACAUCCUAGACUUCAUCAAGCAGAAGGUUCUAGAAGCAGUGGACCGUAGUGUGGAUGACCAUCUUCAGUUUGUUCUAGGAACAGAGUCGGGAAUGGUAACAUCUAUAGUCGCAGUAAUCAGGAAAUUGCUAGGUUCUUCUGCUAAUUCGAAACUGAAAGUUGAAGUAGUGUUUCCGGUAUCAUCAGACUCGAUGACAAAAACUUCUUCAGAGGGUCCAAACUCCUUUAGAGUCGGUGAUGUGACAUUACCGGUUGUACCGGGAGUAGCAGGCGGUGAAGGUUGUUCUAUUCAUGGCGGAUGUGCAUCAUGUCCAUAUAUGAAGAUGAAUUCACUCAACUCUCUCUUGAAAGUUUGCCACAAUCUACCUGAUGUGGAAAACAAAAUCGGAGGAUUCAAAGCCGAGCGAUUCAAAAGGCAAACUCCUCAAGGAAAACUCAUAGCUGAUGUUGGGUGUGAGCCAAUACUUCACAUGAGGCACUUCCAAGCGAACAAGGAGCUGCCAAAGGAGCUUGUUCAUCAUGUCUUAAGUCGCGAGAGCAAGAGAUGACCAAGUUUUUCCCUUAUAACUAAAUAAAUAAAUCGGAUGAGUUUAGUUAUCGACAAAUAAUAGGUUUUACGUUUGAUGGAACAUGAAGAUUAAACUUCUUCCUGCAAUAAUGAUCAUAGCCUCAGGGGGAUAACAUUACAUUGUAUAAAGUGAUAUAAACAAAAACAGAAGAAGUAUCCUCCAAAAUAAGAGAGGCUUAGGAGCGAGCUUAUUGAUGUAUUAUUGUUAGAGGUUCUUUGCAAUAAGCAUGUUCUCUAAAGGUUCUUUGCAAAAAAAAAAAAAAAAAAAAAA